AUGGAAGACUUUCCAAGGUUCAUCAUCGGGCACCAUGACCCUAAGAGGCCCUUGCCUGUCUCGAUAGACACCAUACAAGAUGCACAUGCUGCAAAUUACGACAUGGUCACAAGCCCCAUCACGACUCCCCAUUUCCAUUCCCGGGUCUUGACUCUGCUGUCUUCAUCGCUUGCUCUGCAUUCAGAAGAAGACAUCACAAAGACUAAAAGCGCUUCGCCUAUUGUUAUACCACCAUUAACUCCAGCGGAUUCUCCUUUGACCCCAGACGAGUCCAUCAGUCAGACCAUCGGCGUCACCAGUUCCUGGAUCGACCUGGGUUCUCCAGAUCCGAUCAUCGCAGAUAUAUCUCGACAAGUGCUUCAACUGGAAGUGGCUUAUGCUGCCUUCUGUGGACUCACAUACGUCUUGAUCACAGGCCCUCUUCUGCGUGGUCACGGUGUCUCCGACAGCGGAAUUGCCCAAUAUGCGAGGGCACUCUCGGACGCCCUGAGCCAAGGUCCCUAUUUGCAGUUAUACAUUUGGUUUCCGAUGAUCGACCACUCCGAGGAACACAUUGACCAGAUGGGCAGCUUGGCACCAUUUGCCCGCCAACAGUUUCUCGAGCAGGACGAGGCCGAAGUCGAAAGAUUGGAUGUUUUUGGAUCCUGGGAGGCGUGGAACAUGAUUAGAUCGAUAUGUAAAUAUCCUGCGAGGUUAUGUGUAGCACUGUCGACACCAAAACUGCUCCCUCCAGUUCCCAUCCAGUCAAGAUGGUACUCGGAGCCCGUCCGGCUUAUCACCCUCGACAAGGAGAUAUUUGCUAGGAACGCAAAAGGGUAUCCCGUCCUGACUCGUGCGCAUCAAGCCUUUGUUCUGAGAUUCGCUCGGCUUCGUACGGCACCAUGGUUCCUUCUGUGCGAUGUGGGGACGAUUCCUAGCAACAAAACGGACGGCAACACACUGAACCCAUUGGCGACGGAGAUCAAUGCAUUCCCUACCCUCGCCGAAGCAGCACAGAGUCCAAAUCUCAAGGACGCGACCCCGCACCUCUCGUACAUGCGCAACUUGCAAACCAAACAGCCACCACAAACAGCCAUUGAUCGCUUCGGGGCCGGCUAUCAAGAUUACCUCCAAGCGCCCUUGCAGCCACUCUCCGUCAACCUCGAGAGUAUCACUUACGAAGUCUUCGAGAAGGACCCGAUCAAGUAUGCAUGGUAUGAGCGCGCCAUCGCUCGGGCCCUGCACGACUGGAUUGAACAAGGAAAACCAACGUCCAACCCAGACGGACGAGUUGUUGUUGCUGUGGUCGGGGCAGGCCGUGGCCCGCUGGUCACUCGGGCACUCCAAGCAAGUCAAGAUGUCGGCGUUGAGAUUGACAUGUGGGCAUUGGAAAAGAACCCAAACGCAUUUGUCCUUCUCGAGCGUCACAACAAGAUGACGUGGAAUGGCCGGGUAAAUCUGGUGAAAUCGGACAUGAGGACGUGGAGGGGACCUAUUCGCGCUGCGGACACACCACGACCGACUCGAAGAUACAACACCUCCGCAGACAGCGACGAUGACGACGACAAUAAGAAGGACAAGACUUCGGGGAAAGAAGAAGCCACCCCUGGUGGUCCCGAAUCAACCUUUACAGGAUCACCCAGUCUCGAUAGCACGAACCUACUUGCCACAACCGCCCAGACUACUACGACCCCAACGCCGUACAAGAUUGACAUUCUGAUCAGCGAACUCCUAGGAUCCUUUGGCGACAACGAGCUGUCCCCGGAAUGUCUCGAUGGGGUCCAGCACCUCCUGAACCCCGUGCACGGAAUCUCCAUCCCGGCCUCGUACACGGCGCAUGUCACGCCGAUCGCGGCGCCCAAGCUCCACGCGGACAUCUUGCACGGGAUGACCAGCAACGCCAACGCGAGCGAGACGCCGUAUGUGGUCAUGUUCAACGCAAUCGACUACCUGAGCACGAAGCCGGGUGCUGCUGCUGCGGAAUUUGAGGCACAGCAUAAAAUGCCGGGAACUGUGAGUACUAUCCACCGUCGUCCAAUUCCCGGCGAUUUAUCGAGUCCUACUUCCCCCUCGGAAACGGCAGACACGACGGCGACGCCAUAUUCCAAAGCGCACACUCGCCAGCCGGUGCAGCAAUCGUUCUCCCCGCCCCCGCCACAAGUACCACCGACGCCAGUCCCCAUCAUCCAGCAGACAUGGGCGUUCCAGCACCCGAACCCGGCCCUGCCCAGCCUGACGCCUUCGACCAUCGGGACGACAACGACCGAACCCUCCCUCACAAACAACCACAACGCCCGCUCGUGUCAGUUGACGUUCCCCAUCCCGCAUCGGGGCGCAUGCCACGGGCUGGCGGGGUACUUUGAGACGGUGCUCUACAAGGGCGUCGAGCUGUCGACGAAUCCGGAGACCAUGGACCAAAAGAGCGAGGGCAUGAUUAGUUGGUUCCCGAUCUUUUUUCCCUUGAAGGUGAGUUGA